AAGCAUUCGAAGUCCUUGUAGAUUGUAGACUAAAGAGAGCAGAGACGACCCUCUGCAAGUCAAAAGCCUUAUUUCUCUUUCGAGGUCCAGAUCAAUCGCUUGUCUAACAUUAUCAACCGAUUCCAAAUCCACAGAGUGAGAAGUUUCUCUGGAUUCGAAAAUGGAUUGGGGAAAGAGACCUAGCAAGUUUCUAGCAAACAAAAACAGCAAAAUUUACAUGGACCUCAAAGACAUCAUACGGGAAAACGCACUUCCUUUCCUUCCUGCGAAAUGUCUAUUCCGUUGCACUUCGGUUUGUCGAGAGUGGCAGCUCCUGAUCAGGACACCUUUCUUUGUCCACCAGCAGUCAAAUUCUUUCCAUGACUUCUCGGGUUUCUUUUGUCAAUCCCAAUCUAGCUCAGCAGCAUUUUUCAUUCCCCUGGAUCCAAUGGCCUAUGGUGUUCCAGACCCCUCUUUGAAAUUUUUGCCCGAACCAGUGGACAUCAGGUAUUCUUCAAAUGGUCUACUUUGCUGCCAGGGUCGUACGGGUUACAAAGCCUACUACAUCUGCAAUCCUGUUACCCGGAAGUGGAAGAUGCUUCCCAAACAUACUUCUGACCAUGGGUCUGACCCUGCUGUUGUUCUCAUCUUUGAACCAUCAUUGCUGAACUUUGUGGCCGAGUACAAGCUGGUUUGCGCUUUUCCAUCUGAGCUAGAUGGAUAUGAGUUUGAGAUUUAUUCUUCUGCAGAUGGAUCUUGGAGAGUCUCUGGUGAGAUUUUGUUCGGUACAAGAAAGAUCCAGCCCAGAUCUGGUGUUCAUGUGGGCGACAUUGUUUAUUGGCGGUGCGGCUAUAAUAUUAUUGCUUUUGAUCUUAAGAUGGAGCGAUCAUCACUCCUCUAUGGCAGUGGUGGGGCUCUGGCUGCAAUGAAUGGGAAGCUUUGUUCGGCUUCCACACGUGGUCAAGUACUAGUUAUUAAUGUGCUCUCCAAUGCCUACACUAAUACAAUGCAAAUGCACAGCGAAGUGAGGACCUGGGAAGAGAGACAUAGAAUACAGUUGGAUAAUUCAGGGAUCAUUGCAGUUCCAAACUAUGAUCCACAACAUGAAAAUAAUGGUGUGGUUUUCAUAUCAUUAAAUGGCGUGGUAGUGAUGCGAUCUAAUGAGUCUCUUUAUACCCAUGACUUGAAGACUAAAAGCACAGCUCGUGUGGCCGGAGAAGUUGCUGCCAAUGCAAGGGUUUUUCCGUACGUGAAUAGCCUUGUGGAGAUAUAGUUGGUACCCCUUUCUCAUAUAUAUAUAUUUUCCUCAGCCACAAUGCUUUCUUUCCUAGCUAUAUAAGUUUGAUACAAUCUUGGUAAUAUCUUAUUACUUUUUAUUUCGGCUUUAUAGGUUGUGUUGAUUCAGGUUUUGCUGUUGGCAUGCUCGAUAGCUUACAGCUUACGUAUUAGAUAUUCUACAUAUAGACUCUUUGGACAUUUAGUGAAGAAUGGUAUUCUAGCAUAAUGUGGAUAAUUGAAGUGGCUGUUAUUUGAUAUUUCUGUGAGACUGUCAGUAGCUAUUACUUAUUAAGUAGUUUUCUUUUUGAAUGAGCGUGGUUUGUAAUAACUUUUUCUUUUCCAACUUCGCAAGUUGCCUGCAGUUUAGGUUGAA